CUGGAACUAUACGAUAUUAACUUCAAUGAAUAUUGCUCGAUGUGAAUUACUUUUCUCGCGAUAAUUUCAUCAAAAAAAUAUCCGAUCGAUGAAAAUGUAGUUUAAAUCUAUUAUAAUAUUUUUUUUUCCGAACGAGUGGUACCGACGUCAUAGUCCCAAUCACGCGGGACGCAAUAAUCUCACCGAGAGAAAUGGAAAAGAUCUAUCCAAUUUUCCGGUUGUUAGGGUUUACGAUGACACGCUGCAGCGCCACCGUAUACCUACGUAAUUAUAUCUAAUUCAAACUGGUUCGAAUAACUGAAGAGAGGUGGGUGUCUAAGUGUCUUGCACGAAUACCGUUAUAUAUGUGCGCGCGGUUCUGUAGGUAAGGUACUCAUCUCAAUGUCAGUGCGUAAGGUCGUUGAUCUGGUCGUGUAUAGAAGGUAGAUAGUUGUUCGUUGUCCGUAACCUACCCAGGAACGCGUUAAUGUAUAAUAUUGUUGUAUAUUGUACGUUCGAUUUACCGGUAUAGAUUAUAUUAAUAUGGUGUCUUAUUAUUAUUCGUCAUCGUUAAAUUAAUUAUUUCAUUUCCGGCGUGACAAUAAUGCAUCUGCGUGAGCCUAUUGUGUUCACUCUGUAUCGCAGAUCACUUUAACGUUCGCGGUGUAUCGAUGUUAAAGUGUAAUAUUAUUAUGUAUAUGUAUAUAAUCGUCAUCUGAGCCGUCAAUCGUCGUUGCAUUCGUUUUAAGACGUAUCGAGUGAGUUAUGGCUUGAUGUCGAAGGACCAACGUUUCAUUACAUACAACAAAACGUUAACCGGGAAACAUUUUGGUAGAUUAGCUGUUGUGAUACUAUGCGGUACUUAUGAGUGGUGUGGAAGUUAUACCCAUCGGAGCGAUUGCAGGGGCUGCGUCGCAAGUGGCCUGGUUCCUGCCCGUUUUGGUCGCGGCUAUUGCUUAUUUCCACUAUGAAGUAAAUGACCCCGAGUCAAGGAUUAUAGAUCAGCCCGGAAAUUUGAUACUCGACCAAUAUGAUUUCAUUAUAGUCGGCGCUGGAUCAGCAGGUGCGGUGCUGGCGAAUAGGUUGACUGAAGUCGAAGAUUGGAGUGUAUUAUUAAUAGAAGCCGGCGGAGAUGAAACUGAAAUAUCCGACGUGCCUUUGUUGGCUGCCUACUUGCAACUUACCCAGCUCGAUUGGCAAUAUAAAGCCGAACCCCAGGAUACUGCGUGUUUAGCUAUGAAAGAUCAACGCUGCAAUUGGCCUCGGGGCAAAGUCUUAGGUGGGUCCAGCGUGUUGAACUAUAUGAUGUACGUGCGUGGUAACCAAAUGGACUAUGACAGCUGGUUGAAACAAGGCAAUCCGGGUUGGGGAUAUAACGACGUGCUCUACUACUUUAAAAAAUCAGAAGACAACAGAAAUCCUUACUUAGCACGGACCCCGUACCAUUCGAUGGGUGGUUAUCUGACGGUGUCCGAGGCGCCUUACAAAACGCCGUUGGCCGACGCGUUCGUCAGGGCUGGGCAAGAAAUGGGCUACGAUAUCCGCGAUAUAAACGGCGAACGGCAAACAGGUUUUAUGAUACCUCAAGGGACGAUCAGAAGAGGAGCCAGAUGCAGUACGGCGAAAGCUUUCUUGAGGCCGGCCAGACUGCGGAAGAACCUGCACGUGUCCAUCAACGCUCAUGUCACACGUGUGGCAAUCAAUCCCGAAACAAAAGUGGCGUUCGGCGUUGAAAUGAUCAAAGACAACACACGUCAUUUCAUCAGGGCCAACAAAGAGGUGCUUCUGUCGGCGGGUUCCAUCAGUUCUGCACAGCUGCUUAUGCUCUCGGGCAUAGGUCCCAAGAACCAUCUGACGGAAAUGGGUAUACCCGUUCUAGCCGAUUUGGAUGUCGGGAAAAAUCUUCAAGACCACGUCGGACUCGGUGGGCUCGCGUUUCUGAUUAACAAAGAGGUGUCGCUAACGCAAGAGAGAGUGGAAAACGUCCAAACUGUUCUAAACUAUGCUACGAUGGGUGACGGGCCGUUGACGGUCAUGGGCGGUGUCGAGGGAUUGGCGUUUAUCAACACUAAAUAUGCUAAUCAAUCAGUCGACACACCGGACAUCGAGUUACACUUCGUUUCUGGUUCCACCAAUUCUGAUGGUGGUGUACAGCUGUGGAAAGCUCAUGGACUGAAAGAAGAGUUUUACAAAGCUGUGUAUGAACCAAUUAACAACAAAGACGUGUGGUCUGCUAUACCUAUGUUGUUGAGGCCUAAGAGCCGGGGCGAAAUACUUUUGCGGAGCACCGACCCUUCCAUGUAUCCCAGGAUCUUGCCCAACUACCUGACGGUCCAAGAGGACGUGGACACGCUGGUGGAGGGCGUCAAGUUCGUGGUGGCCAUGUCCCGGACCACACCGUUCCGCCGGUACGGCAGUCGGCUGCACGACAUACCAUUCCCCGGUUGCGCCGCCGUGCCCCGGUUCACAGAUGCCUACUGGGAAUGCAUGGUCCGGCACUACACGGUGACCAUAUACCAUCCGGUGGGUACCGCUAAGAUGGGGCCCGAGUGGGACAAGACCGCGGUGGUGGACCCGCGGCUCCGGGUGUACGGAAUCCACGGGCUGCGUGUGGUGGACGCGUCCAUCAUGCCCACGCUGGUCAGUGCCAACACCAACGCGCCGGUUAUAAUGAUCGCCGAGAAGGCCGCGGACAUGAUCAAGGAGAAAUGGCUCGGCAGGAAACGGUGACACCGACAAUUAGAUUGCGACACGCGCGAUCGUCGCGAACAUCUACAAUUUAUUGUUUUUUUUGUUGUUUUUUUUUUAACCUAGAUCUUAUGAUAAUUUAUUAUUACCGUGACGAUUUCUUUCUUUCUUAUAUAUUUAUUCGAAAUCGUUAUGCUAUUAGCAUUAUAAUAAUUUAAAGAUAUUAUAUUAUCAUCCCGACCUGCGCAAAAUACAUUAUUUAAGGGUAUACCUACCUAUAACGUGACAACGUUAUAAUAAUAGACAUAUUCAUUUAUAUAAAACAAAAAAUAUUAUUUAAACAUUUUGACAUUUCGAGACUAUUUGUGUUCAUGAUGUUAUUUUUAUAAUAAUAUAUUAAAUUAAUAUAUAAUGUCUGCAAACGCUGAUAUGUUCGGAAUAGUGUAUUAUCUUUAUUAUAAUAUCUAUAUAGAAUUUCUAGACUCUAUUGGAUGUUUUUAUUUUUGUUUGUAUUUUACUUCGUUCGAAAAAACUUAGAAACCAUCUAAUAUAGCAUAGAGAUACUUGAUAUUCAUCAACGAUUUAGAUGCACAUAGCAUAUUUCAUAUUAUUUAUGAGGUAAUUAAUUGAAGGCGAUUAUGAAAUAUGGUACAUAAUAUAAUAGUAUAAUAUACAGAUAAUCAUUUACCCGAAGAUGUGCACUUAGAAGCCAAUUUUUUUAACUAAGCAUUUUAAAGACAUUGACACAGGGAUUUGUGGUUCAUGAAAAUUGAAUAUUUUUUUGGGUAAUUAAAUGGUUUCCAUUGGUUACAAAUUAUAUUACUUAGUAUAGUCAGUAGAAAAUUGCAUACAUAGGUACACCCAUAUUUAUUUACAAAUAUAUUUGUCAAACAAAAUUAAAAAUCAAAUACCGACAAAUACAUUUACAAUAAAUACUUAACUGAUUUUUUUUAUAA